AUGGCCCCGCGAGAUCUAUCCAGUCUCCCACCAGAGAUCAUACUCAACAUUGUCCGGAAUAUGAAGAAGUCAAGCCAUCGUCUGAACUUGGCUUUAUGUUCUCGUUAUUUUUACGAUAUAGUUAUCCCUUUCGUCUCGGAGAAUAUCAGGUUGGUCGAACCCGACAUCCAGGUGAUCGUUUCCCUAGUCCAAACUCUCCUGCGGAGCCCACGCAUCGCAUCGCGUACUUAUACCCUCGAAAUUAAUAUUUGGGAGACGGAGCAGAAUUACGACAUAAACAUCGGGGACUCUCCCGAGACUCUUCCGCGCCCCAUGGCUGAUCUACGCAUUGAUAGUAGUCUAAUAAAUGAGGCGGUCCAGCGACUUUUCACCCCUUCUGAUGAGCCUGCACCAUCCAAAUUGAUGGCACAUUUGCGCGCUGGCAAUGAGGAUGCUUGGGUGGCCCUGCUGCUGUUCUCCGUUCCCAGGCUUCAAAAAUUAAGCCUCAUUGUGCCGUAUAACACUGAUCAUGUACUGAGAUUGGUCAGACGCGCCGCAGUACGGGUGCCACCCUUUGAUACGCGACCAGCAUUAAACCAUCUCUCUCACCUGCACGUGGAAUGGUGGGAUACUGAAGGUUAUCUUAAUUCUUUGUUCGUGUGGCCCUUCUAUUUCUUCCCAUCUAUGCAAAGCGUAACUUGCAAAAAGAUUGGAGAUCCUCCACUGUAUCGUGGUGAAGAAGAUAUGGUAACUGAAGAGGGAGAUGAAGGUGGCAAUCUCUCCAAGGACCACAUCCUGUCUUUAGAAAACCUACCCAGAGCUUCUCAAGUGACCCAAAUAAGUAUAACCAAAAGCCAUACUGGUGACGGCAUGUUUAGCAAACUCCACUUCUGCGAAAAACUCAAGUCAUUCAAAUUCGAACACUGCGAUAGCUAUUCAUAUUACUCCAGUUUCCAGCCAACUCACUUUUUCCAUGGCCUUUCGCUCGCCAGACACACCCUCGAGCACCUCUGGCUCGCUUACGAUUACGAUUCCUACGACGGAGACGAGCAUUACGAAGGAGACAACGACGCUUUCGGCUCCCUGACCCACUUCGUGGUCUUGAAAACGCUGACUAUGAGUGCCAUUAACCUGAUAGGUAAGAACUAUCUGCUAGACAGAGACGAUCUUAGGCUGCGUCCCGCAGCUGCACAGCGUCUUGCGCAAGUCCUUCCGACAUCGCUGGAGUCCCUUUCCAUGAUCCAUAUUGAAGAAAAGCAGUUCAUUCCCAUUACCCUGCAGGUAGAGAAUUUGCUGCAGCCGACAACUUUGUCCGCAUGCACGCCUCGGCUGGCUUUGGUGAAUCUCCUCGGCGUGUUUUGCGAGUGGGAAGUGCCGCCCACUACGUAUAGGUAUUCUGAGAGAACGCCAGUUUUUCGACCAGAUGUCCUGCAUCGGGCAGCGGAGCUAAAUGAUAUGUGUGCAUCCGUUGGGGUGAAGUUUGGAAUUAUGGACACCCGCGUUGCAUUUUUUGCGGAGACGGAAGGAGAUUCACAUUAA